AUGGAUUCCCAUGGUUGCGUUCGUCAGACGCACAACUGCACGUCUCCUAUCUAUGUAUGCACGUAUGUAGUGUCUACAUAUGUGCUUUGCCCCAUCUUGUCGGUCCAAGCUGCUGCAGCAAAAAAGAAACGAUCAACAACGCGCCGGAAACGCGCCUCGGUACAGCCCAAGCCUGGUUAUGCCUGCAAAACACUGGUACCACCACCACCAGAGCCGUUCGAUCGGCGAUCCUGUUCAGGAAAAGAUCAGCUCCGUGUUGAGAUGUCUCGAAGAGCGAGAGUAGUAGAGCCCUUGGGUGCUGUUUCGCAGCACCACAUCCUCAAUCCCCAUACGGUCUCUUAUACAUGUGCGCCAUACAUACAUCAAGGAACAGCCACCUGUCCCCACUUCGACUAG